CUCAAAUUAAUUUCGUCUUUUUUAAAUCAAUGUUUAAUUGUUAAAAUAUUAAUAAGUUAUGUUCUGUGUUAAUAAUGAAUAUUGACGGUGUAUUUUCUACACUGUUAAUAGGAGAUGAGACCAAUUACAUUGCGUUGAAAUUUGCAAUAGAUUGUGCGGAAAAGGGUCUUCCAGUUUGGUACAUCUCAACAGAGCCUAUUCACGAGCUUCCAAAUAGUAUUAUAAAACCUUGCCGAGAAGUUUUGAAACUUAUAACGUUUAUCUAUCUACAGACUUAUUCCGAUUUAAUAAAGCACCUCAAUGGUAUACAGAACUGGAGAAAUAUACCUAGAAUUAUUAUCCUUAAAAAUUUUGAGAUAUAUUCCAAAAUAAGAGCAGACUACAGCUCGGCAAAAGCUGCAUAUCUUUGUGCAAUUUUGCUUAACACUAUGUCAUAUGUGAAACAGAAACUAAAUUCAGCUGCAUACCUUCUAGUUUUUAAUGCAAGUCUAGAUACUGAAGAUCUCAAUAAAUUGCAAGUAUUGUAUGAUAUGUACUUUAGAAAAUGUUAUUCUCAAUCGGAGUAUGAAAAUGAUGACAAUUUAGUAAAAUGCAUAGAGGAAGAGAUAUCAAUAUAAACAAACUCUGUGAGUUAAAUGUUUUUUUUAUUUUAUUUUUUUUAUAUUAUAG